CGCAGGAGCCGCCGCGGUGUUUGCGUCCGCCUGGCUCUCCUCUCCCCCUGGGGUUCCUUCUACGCCUUGGAAAAUGUUGUUACCGUCCGACGUGGCCCGGCUGGUGUUGGGUUACUUGCAACAAGAAAACCUCACUUCUACCUGCCAGACUUUUAUUUUAGAAAGUUCAAAUUUAAAAGAGUAUGCAGAGCACUGUACUGAUGAAGGUUUUAUCCCAGCCUGCUUACUGUCUUUAUUUGGAAAAAACUUGACAACAAUUUUGAAUGAAUAUGUAGCUAUGAAAGCAAAAGAAACAUCAAAUGAUGUCCCAACAAUAAUGUCAUCUCUGUGGAAGAAGUUAGACCACACACUUUCUCAGAUCAGGAGCAUGCAAAGUUCCCCAGGGUUUGCCGCCCAUCAGAGAGCACGAACAAGAAAUGGAAUUGCAGAAAUCAAACGACAGAGAAGGCUUGCAUCUCAAGCAACUGCCGUCAGUUCAGAGUUACUGGUUUUACCUUAUGUUUCGGGACAAUUUACCACUUCUCCUUUGGUAGCUACACAAACUGUUAAGCCAGCUGGCCAAUUUGCAUCUCCAGUGAAGUCAAAUUUUGUCAUGGUUAACCAUUCACAGUCACAAGAGGCUGUACUUACUGGAGAGGCGUUAAAUACCAUUCCUGGUCCUCAGGAAAGGAAAACUCACGCCAGUUUAAUGUCUCCUGGUAGACGCAAAAGUGAAUCACAAAGGAAAAGCUUAACUUUGUCUGGGCCUCAUUCAACGAUACGGAAUUUCCAGGAUCCAAAUGCAUUUGCAGUAGAAAAACAAAUGGUUAUUGAAAAUGCACGAGAAAAAAUAUUAAGCAACAAAUCUCUUCAAGAAAAGCUUGCAGAAAACAUUAAUAAAUUUUUGACUAGUGAUAACAAUAUUGCUCAAGUUCCUAAGCAGACAGAUAGCAACCCAACUGAGCCAGAAACUUCAAUUGAUGAAUUCCUGGGACUUCCGAGUGAAAUCCACAUGUCUGAAGAAGCUAUACAGGAUAUAUUGGAACAGACAGAAUCAGACCCAGCAUUUCAGGCACUCUUUGAUCUCUUUGACUAUGGUAAAACAAAGAAUAACAAAAAUACAUCACAAAGCAUUUCCACUCAGCAUAUGGAAACCAAUCCUAAUAUAGUUUUAGCAGAAGAAAAUAAUCUAGCAAUUAAAAGUUCUUUUGAAACAGAAGAACCUGAUGGUCAAUCUGGUCAGCUGCCAUUUUGCACAUCCUAUCACAAUGAAGAUGCAUUAAGUGCUUUGAAGAGUCACAACCAUGAAAUCCUUAAACAGGAAGCCCAGGAAAAAUUUUCCCAAAUAGACUCUAGUAUCCAGAGAAAGGCAUUUAAAACAGCUGUACAAGCUGAACAGAAGUGUAACCUUGACAUUACCUUUGAGUCUGUGUCUAAUUUGAAUGACUUUAACCAAAGAGGAAAUUCUGAUGGUGCAUGUAACCAACAUUGUGCUGAGUUAUACAACAGUCAGAUGCCCACUGAAGCUGAAACGCCUAUGGAAGUUCAAAAGAAUUGUCUGUCGCCAGGGAUGCCAAGUGCAUCUCAAGCACAGUCUGAUCAGCCUGAUACACCAGUAACUUCAUUUGUUUCACUUGGAGGCGAAACUAACAACGACGGCUUACUUCUCUCUGGGAAAGUUUCUCAACUUUUGUCCCCCAAUACUCCAUUAGCCGGAAAGCAAACUAAAAGAAGUCCAAUUUGUGAAAAUUCUAAUAAUACAGUAAGACUUAAAACUAAUUUCCAUAGUUCCAAGUCACCAGAUUCUAGUGAAAUUCUCAAGAGUAAAAUUGAAAUUAAUAAAAUAUCACCAGGUGCAUCACAACAACUAUCAAAUUGCCAAGAUAAUUCUUCACUUCAAAAUAAGAUAUUACCUGUGACUAUUGAAAGUUCAGGUUUAAAUGUACCUGAACAAGAAUUAGAAAUUCAUCUUGAAGAUUCAAUCUCUUCAGUUAAACAACCAUCUAAUGAUUCAGCAUCUAUUGAGUUAAAUCAUAUGGAAAACAAAGCUGGGUCACACAAGUCUGAGAGAGUUACUUUAGAUUCACAAGAGCCUUCAUCUUCUGCUAAAGAAGAUGGAGAUACUAUUUUUCUCUCUUUAGGUGGAAAUGGAAAUUGUGGGGAAGUUGCACUUGUGCCUCCAGAAGGUAAUGCUUUAAAAACUAGUCAGUCUCUUUCUUCAGAAUCUGUUGCUUCUUCAGUGGGAUAUUCUCCCUCUGAGGCCCAAAGUACUGAUGAUAAACCUUCUAGUGACAACUCAACAGAGAUUGAUGCAUCAAAUAUUGUUUCUCUCAAAAUUAUUAUUAGUGAUGAUCCAUUUGUUUCCUCAGAUGCUGAACUUAACAGUGCUGUAUCUAGUAUCAGUGGAGAAAACUUGCCAACUAUAAUCUUAUCUUCUCCUAAAUCACCUACCAAAAAUGCGGAAUUCGUUAAAUGCCUAUCUUCAGAAGAAACUGCAGGUGCUAUUGUAUCUGUUGAAGUAGGAGAUUCAUCUUCAGUGGAGCAGAGCCUUUUAGUCAUCAAACCUGAGGACUCCAUAGUAAACAGCACUCAGAAUGAAGAUGGCAUUUCUUUUUCCACCAGUGUUACACCAUGUGUCUCCAAGGAUGGAGGAUACAUACAGUUAAUGCCAACCACAAGCACAACUUUCGGCAACUCAAAUAACAUUCUGAUAGCCACCUGUGUGACUGAUCCAACAACCUUGGGAACAACUGUUAGUCAGUCUAAUGUAAUGGUGUUACCUGGAAAUUCAGCAGCACCUAUGACUGCACCACCUCCUCCACCUCAGUUACAGACACCACCAAGGUCAAACAGUGUGUUUGCUGUCAACCAGGCUGUGUCACCAAACUUUUCACAAGGCUCCGCCAUUAUAAUUGCUUCUCCAGUGCAACCUGUACUCCAAGGAAUGGUGGGAAUGAUCCCUUUAUCUGUGGUUGGACAGAAUGGAAAUACCUUUUCUGCUCCUCCUCAGCAGGUCCUUCAUAUGCCUUUAGCAGCACCUGUAUGCAACAGAAGUAUCCCUCAAUUCACCAUUCCUCCAAAAUCUCAAAAGACUCAGGGACCAAGAAACAAGCUCUGUACAGGGAAACAGGUAAAUAAUUUGGCAGAUUCAUCAAAUCAUCCAGUUGAAUGUCAUGCACAAAGAACUGAAGUUUCUGACAAGAAUUUAGCCACAGAACUUGGGAAAAAAAUGGAAGAAAUCACAGUUCCUCCCUCAGUGGAGAAUACAGUUCCAUCUAGCAAGCCAUUUGAAAGCCACAGACGUGUGCUCUGUUUUGAUAGUGCUGGUUCUUCUAUGGCAAAUAUGCAGGGGCCAAACCACAAGAUGGCAUCCCAAAACAAAGAAAAGAAUGACAUUUCCUUUCCUCAUCUUGACACACCCAGUGUGUCCUCAGCCUUAAAACCUCCUUCUAACAAUGCUACCAGAAAAGAGAGAGAGAAGACUCCUAUGCCCAAGAUUUUAUCUAAAUCAGAAACUGCUGUUAGCCGGCAUUCUUCCAUUAGAGAAACUCAGUCAGAAAAGAAAGUUUCACCAACAGAAAUGGUACUUGAAUCUUUCCAUAAAGCAACAGCCAACAAGGAAAACGAAUUAUGUAGUGAUGUGGAAAGGCAAAAAAUUUCAGACACUUCAAAACUGUCUGUUGGGCAGCAGCAAAACGGGAGUUUACGCAAUGAGAAAACUAUAGCUUCACUGCAAGAAUUGACCAAAAAACAAGCCACAUCAAGCAGUAAAAAUGUCAUUUCAAUGGGUAUAACUAUGAAGGAUCUAAAACAAGAACAAACUAAAUCUGCCACUUCCUUGAAUACUGCAGAACUAUUACAGGAUGCUCAGUUGCAUAGUCCAGUAAGUAGAGUUACUGAUAGUGAUUUGCCCAUAUCCCGGACACCUGGCUCAGGAGCAGCGGAAAAACAUAAAGAGGAACCUACAGAUGGUAUCAAGGCCCCCUCUAGCAGGCGUUUUGGUGACGACAGUACUGCACCCAAAGUCAUGAUCCCUCCUGUCACCCCAGACUUGCCUGCUUGCAGCCCUGCCAGUGAAACAGGCAGUGAAAACAGUGUGAACAUGGCUGCCCAUACCCUGAUGAUUCUCUCCAGAGCAGCCAUUUCUAGGACUACUUCCACAACUCCUCUAAAAGACAACACACAACAAUUCAGGACAUCUUCAAGAAGCGCCACAAAAAAGCGGAAAAUUGAGGAAUUAGAUGAGUGUGAACGAAACUCUCGUACAUCUAGUAAAAAUCUUGCCAAUUCAUCAAUGCCAAUGAAAAAGAAGAAAAUUAAGAAAAAGAAGCUACCUAGUUCAUUUCCGGCAGGAAUGGAUGUGGACAAAUUUUUGUUAUCAUUGCAUUACGAUGAGUAAAACAUUCUAAACAUUUAACAGUGGGAGCUGUAAGACUAGUAUCCCUUAAGCUAUGAGUGUAGGGAAUGGGAUAUUGACGGGAUCUAAAAACAUGACCUGCACUUUCAUUAUACUAAAAUUUCACUUUAUAUCUAAAUUGUGCUGUUUCUGAAGCAGCUUCAUGUUUGUAAAUAGACUUUCUUGGCAUAUUUUUAUUUUGGAGAAAACGUUUGCAGAAAUGUAAGUGCAGCCAAUCUGCAAAUCUGUAUAGCUUUGACAAUUGCAUAUUGUAAAUGUUGUAUAUAUCUUGUUGAAAUAGAGGUUAAGUCAACCUAAUGUUCUUAUACUGUGUUUUUGACUUCUUAUAAUCCCUCACUGAGGCUUAUUCAUGUGGAAUAGUUUCUCACUCCUUGAGGGAAAUGAUGCUUAUCCUUAUGAAUUACCUUCAGUGAUUGUUUAGUAAGACAUUAAAUACAUAGCCUCUAAGCACAAACAAAUGACAACCACCUCAAUUGGUAGUAAAGUAUCGAAUCAAAAACCAACAGUUUGUUCUAGAGUCAGUACUUGACCAUCCCUUCCUUCUCAUAAUUGCAGUAAAAAAACUAUAUUCCUAAAAUUUUACCUUUUAUUUCUUCUGGUCAUUCUGUUCUCUUUGUUUUAAAGAGAGAAUUUUUUAGACCAUUUAUUGAGUGUUCUGAUCCUUCAUUUAUAAACCUUUAAGAUCGUUUACAGAACAUUAAGUGGUUAGACUAUUAAGCCAUAUAAAGUUGAGUUUUAUGUAGUAGUUGAGAUUUUUUGGAAUAUAUAAACUCCCCUAAGCACUGGGGAUAUAAAGAAUUGCACUAAUUCAUAGAACUCUUCACAUAGUAGUGACCAGUGCACAUUUAAUUUAAAUCUUAUAUUCUGUGUUCAAGCUUUUGUGGAGGAUUAUCUUCUGGUGUCCUUUUGGGAAGGACAUGUCCAUCGUAAGAUGUAAAAGACAAGUCAGAUCAUACUUAACAUUUUAAUGUUAGUUUCUCCAGAUUGGAUAGGGUGUGUUGAACACCUGUGUCUAUAAUUAGAUACAGCGUGUUUUCUGUGUGUCUGCAAUGAGUUACUCUCAAAAGGCCCUUAGGGGGAGUAAGAGGUGCCUUCUGUGUAUUGGACUCACACUCAACAGUUAGGUUGAAGAACUGGUUUAACCUUUGAAUAGUAAGAAAUUAUAAUUAAUACCUGACCAACUGUGCCUAGAUAUUAAAAUAUGUUCUCAUAAGUGCUUUCUGUUUAAUAUCAGUGUAUUAGGAUUUUUUUCUACGGGUGUAUAUUUUGUUAAAAAGUCACUUUCCUCAACCAUUUUUUUGUACUGGCCUUUAAAAAAAU